UAUAGAGCAUUGAGUGAAGCAGUCACUGUUUGACAACAUUCAAUAUUUUGUCUCAUUGUCUGAAAACACUCCUCAACCCUAGUCUCUCUUUCAGCCACCACACACCGCUGUAAAGCUCCGCCCUAUUUAGCCCCACAAAAUCGUAAUCGCUCUUAAUUUAUAUAUAUACAUAAAGAGUAGUUGAAGUUGCUGACUAUGGUGGAAAAUGAGAGUACUGGAGAUGAUCAGAAGGAGGUGAUCGACCCUCCAAAGUCGCCGUGGAAGACUCCGGUGACGGCGACGGCGGCUGAUAAGCCUUCUCCGCCGACAGGGGAUGCCGAUUCUGAUUCCUGGCCGGCACUUUCUGAUGCUCAGCAGAUGCUUAAGACUAGUGAUUCUAGUUCUGGCGUCAAGUCGCCGUCACUUCCGCUGCAACCGCCGGAGACUGGAAGCCGCAAUGUUGCAUCUGACAAGGUCCGAGGUGAGCAGCUAAAGUUCCAUGGAUCUUCUAGUGCCAAGUCAUCAAAUAAGUCAUCAUCCGCAGUUCAUCAAAGACCAGGUCCUAGGCACAACCAAAAUGGUGUGCCAUCAUUUCCUGUGCCCCUGGCUUACCACCAAUCAGGAUUCCCUCCUUUUUAUCAAAGUAUGGUACCUAUGCCACAUAUGCCUCUUCCAGGGUAUGCAUACCAGCACCCUCGAGGGUCUUUCCCAGGAGCUGAAGGUCACGUGGCUAGGCCCGAUGGUGAUUCUGCGUCUCAAGCUUUUGUACCCCCUAUAAAUGGUGGGUUUCGCCCCCCAUCACGAGGGGAUCCAAAUGACCAUGAUGCCAAAUUCUACAGAGGAAGACCUAAUACACAGGAACGUGGUGGCCAGUUUAGUUCAGCCUUGUCUAAUCAGCGGUCUGUAGGUUCUAAAGAUGACAUUCAGUUACAACAAAGUAUGGGGCUAAGGCCUUUCCUAAGGCCUCCAUAUUUUGGUCCAGCUCCGGGCUACAUUGAUGGUGCAAAUUUUCCUGGUCAUCCAGGAGCUAUAUAUUUUCUUCCUUCUCCCCCUCCUGUCUCUGUAAGAGUGCCUUACCCACCUUUCUUUGUCCCACAUCCUGUUAGCUCUGGAGCCUCUACGCCACCAUCACCUACAUUAGCUUUGAGGGAGAGCAUAUUGAAGCAAAUUGAAUACUAUUUCAGUGAUCAGAAUUUGCAGAAUGACCACUACUUGCUUUCCUUAAUGGACGAUCAAGGUUGGGUUCCAAUCUCUAUUAUUGCCGACUUCAAAAGGGUUAAAAAAAUGAGUACAGAUAUUGCAUUCAUCAUUGAUGCAUUGCAGGCUUCAAGCACUGUUGAAGUAAAGGGAGACAAGUUGAGAAGACGUGAUGAAUGGUCAAAGUGGGUUUCAGCUAGUGUUGAUCAGAAAUCAUCCCCUUUGACUCCGGUGGAACACUCAGUGGGGAAGGUUAUAAAGAAUGAUGAGGUCAAUGAAAAUAAAGAGGAUGGAAUUCAAGUCACAGUUUCCCAAGAAAAUUGUGUAGGUGAGCUUGCAUCAUUAGAGAAACAUGCUAAAAAAGUGUCAGUGUUUAGUAAAGCAGAACCCAGUAGGAAGAAAUCUGGUUUCCAUGGUUCAACUCACAGAGUUGACAAAGGAAGUGGUGAUGCAAGAACGGUUAUGGCAUCAGAUGUUGUAGAGCAGAAUGUAGACGACUUAUCUAAUGAUUUCUCGAGCACAUUCAUGCUUGAUGAGGAGAUGGAGCUUGAACAUAAAAAGGACCAGUCCUCUUUGAGUGGAAGAGUUGAUGAGGAAGAUGAUGAGAUGGACGUUAAUGAUGAGGCUAUUGAGAAACUUGUCAUUGUAACUCGGAACACUCGGGCAUCUCAGGUAUCUGGAACUGUUGGAACAGAAUCAAAACCAAUAUCUACUGAGCUUGCUUCUGCAAUAAAUGAUGGUCUCUACUUCUACGAGCAGGAGCUUAAAGCUACACGAUCCAGUCGUAGAUCUAACAACUCCAGUAAUGAUCCUAGAGAUGACAUUACUAGGUCUUCUGGUGCUGGUGCUGCUUUAUCAAAAUCAAAGUAUGCCGACCAUUCUUCUGGAGGAAAAAACAAUGAAGGCCCUGGAAGUUCUAAUUCUCGGAGAAAGCAAAACAAAGGAUUUGCUAAACCGCAUCCAAUACAUAAGCAGCGGCUGUUUUCUGGAAAUUACCGGAAUCAUGUGGUUUCUCGGAACAGUGUAGGAACAAUAGUUGAAAGUCCACCUUGCGAUUCAGUUGGGUUUUUCUUUGGUUCUACACCUCCCGACAGUCAUGUGUCAAGGCCUUCAAAGUUGAGUGCCUCUCCGCACAGCAAUCUCGCUAGUAGUAGUCCGCCUGUGGGUUCCAUGCCGAAACCAUUUCCACCCUUCCAGCAUCCAAGUCACAAGCUGCUACAAGAAAAUGGUUUUACACAACAGCUGUACAAGAAGUAUCAUAAGCGCUGUCUGAAUGAUCGAAAGAAACUUGGAAUUGGUUGCAGUGAGGAAAUGAAUACAUUGUACAGGUUUUGGUCGUAUUUUCUGCGGAACAUGUUUAUACGUUCUAUGUACAAUGAGUUCCAAAGGAUGGCUCAAGAAGAUGCGGCUGCUAAUUAUAACUAUGGGAUGGAGUGCCUAUUUAGAUUUUAUAGUUAUGGUUUGGAAAAGGAAUUUAGAGAGGACCUUUAUGACGACUUUGAGAGAUUGACGCUCGACACUUACAAUAAGGGAAACCUUUACGGCCUUGAGAAGUACUGGGCCUUUCACCAUUUUCGUCAGCAACGAGGUCAGAGAGCGCCUUUAAAGAAGCGUCCAGAACUAGAUAGACUACUCAGAGAAGAGUUCCGAAAUUUGGAUGACUUCAAACAUGCCAGAGGAGGCGCCAGUGCAGGCACAAAGGAGGACGGUCACUAACCAAUGUGUGAUUCUCAGCUUCAUUGACCAUCUGUCAGCGAAUUUUGAUGCCUUACAGUCCAUACAAUGAGCUCAAGUUGCCGAAUUACCCUUCUGAGAUGAUCAAGGCAAAAUUUUGUAUAUAGAGCUUCUGUGAGGUUAAUUUUUGCCUCCGAGGUUGAGCUAAAAUUUUAGCAUGAGAGGAUACGUUGUACCUUUUUCUUGUACUUUCAUCUUAGGAUUGUAAGGUGUACAUAUAGGAAGAAUUUGGAACCAAAAUAAAAAUAAAAAAAAUAAAAAAUAUAAACUAAAAAAAAUGACUAGAUUU